GUAUGGACACAGAUCAAUUAACCAAGAAUAUAGAGCAAAGUAUACUUUUGCACAUACUGUAGGUUUUGUGCUUGUGAUAUGACUAAGUUGUAGGUUAGAAGUUCGCCUGUAUUGUGUCUAGGUUGUAGAUUAAUUUCCUCAUUGUUGCAGAAUUUCCAUGGCCAUACUUUCACCAUCGUGACUAUGGAUUACGCUCCUUUCACCUUCUAUGAAGUUAAGAAAGGUGUGGUCCACCUGAAGGAGUGUGUGGACGAUUUCUUGCUCAGAGCAAUGUCUUCAGCGCUCAACUUCACGUACAGCAUCAGGGAGCCCCCAGACGGCCAGUGGGGCCUACGACUCGAAAACGGUUCCCACACUGGUGUGAUAGGAGAACUGGAGAAGUACAAAGCAGAUUUCUCCCUCAACAUUGCUAUAAUAGGUGAGAGGGAGGAGGUGGUGGACUACACAGUGGGAUACUUCAACGACCCUCUCACCUUCUGCACCAGUAAACCUCGACCCCUCAACCAGGCCCUCGCUCUCAUCAGACCCUUCAAACCCUUGAUGUGGGUGGGAAUCACAGGAGCAUUAGUGGUGAUAUGUGUGAUGUAUUACGUCGCCUGCCAGGUUACUCGCCCACACACCUCCACUUCCUUCUCUCUAGUGCUGCUCAACAUCUUCGGAGCCUUCCUCUCGCAAGGAUGUCACUGGAGUGUGGGAAACGUGCCGCGGGUGCUGGUAGCCACCUGGAUCAUUAUGUCUCUGGUAACACUUACCUCGUAUGUAGCCAUGCUUAUUGCCUCCUUCACUCUGCCUCAGCUCUCCCCGACUGUUAACUCCUUGGAGGAUCUUGUACAGUCAGACCUUGCCUGGGGCAUCCAGGAUCAUGAGGCUGGAGAUUACCAGCUGCUGAAGACAUCAAACGUGCCACUUUACCAGAAGCUGUUCAAGGGGCUGAAGGUAUGCCCCUCCUUGGAUGAAUGCCUCGUCAGGGCCCGGGACACCAAGUAUGCUUUCAUAGCCUGGAGGCUCUUCAUGGAGGACAGGAUCGCUCUCAGGUUCAGUUCUGUGACGGGAGAACGGACGCUACACAUAGCCACCACUAACUUCUUUCCCUCGGAUAUCGGUUGGGCCUUGAGCGCUGGGUGUCCGUACCGAAGCAAGUUCAACCAGCAGAUCCAGCGGCUGCUGGAAGCUGGGCUCAUCAGCAAGUGGAUCUCGCAGAUUGUCAAAGAUCCCAAGAGACGGGAGGAAGUAGACACCAAGGAAAUGCCAACCCCGGAAGGUCCGCAGCCUAUCACCCUCGCCCAGCUGGCAGGAGCUUUCUACAUCCUCGUUAUAGGCAAUAUUUUUGCACUUUUACUGUUUUGGGUAGAAAUUUUCAAAACAUGAUGUCACUGUAAAGAUACAGGCAUGUAUACUGUAGCUAUCAGAUUAAUGGUUGUAUACUAACACCUAGUAAUACACAGUGUACUAAAUACCUUUCAUAACUUACUGAUCUGAGCUGCAUUUUACAUUUAAUUUAUUUACUAAA